UCGGCCGAGCCUGCGGAUCGUCGAACGCUCGCGCCACACAUACGCACGAACGUACUUCGUGCGUUCUCGACUCGAGAGACGAGGCCUCUUUUUUUCCGUGUCGUCGCGCGAGUGCAAGUUAUAAAUCUUCGCCGAAGACCCUCGCCCGAGAGAGCUCGUGACAGCCAGCAACGGCAUCCCUAACGAGAAGACGAGAAGACGAUGGACAUGGAAGAGCCACCGGCGGUAUCUGUUUGCCUCUGUGGCACUUCCACCGAGUUGGACCCAGACGUCUUCAUGAUACUCUGCGAUAUAUGUCACAUUUGGUAUCAUGGAAGAUGCGUGGGUGUAACAGAGUACAUGUCCACUGACAUCGAUAAGUAUCACUGCCCUAAAUGUGAUGAAGAGUAUGGUCCUAUGACAAUGAAACCUAGAAUCAAUUCGCAUCGACAUGAUUAUUCUGAGCAACAAGCGGACUCUAAACCAGUGCAAUCGGGUACACCCGUAUUCAUAAGAGAACUCAAGUCCAGGCAUUUCCCAAAAGCUGAUGAAAUCAUUAAGCAUUUAAAAGGUCAACAGCUAACCAUGCAGUAUUUACAAACAAAUGGUUUCGAUGUUCCAAUAAUGGUUGAAACAAAGGAUGGUCUUGAUAUUGUGGUUCCACCACCAAACUUUACUCUUCAUGAUGUAGCUAAAUAUGUUGGGGCAGACAGAGAAAUAGAUGUCAUUGAUGUAACAAAACAAAAUAAUAUAUCAAUGAAACUGGGUGAAUUUGUCGAGUAUUAUUAUGAUCCAAAUAGAAAGAGAAUUCUGAAUGUUAUAAGCUUAGAGUUUUCAAGUACUGGUCUUUCACCGCUAGUAGAAGCCCCGUAUAUUGCUCGUAAGUUAGAUUGGGUAAAUUAUGCAUGGCCAAGAGACUGGCCAGCAGAUAGCGAAUUGAAAAAACCGGAAGUCCAAAAGUAUUGUCUUAUGGGGGUGAAAGAUAGUUUUACAGAUUUUCAUAUUGACUUUGGUGGAACUUCUGUGUGGUAUCAUGUGUUACGUGGUGAAAAAAUAUUUUACCUAAUUAGACCUACUGCAGCAAACUUACAACUAUACCAGCAGUGGACGUGCAGUGCUACUCAGAGUGAAACGUUUUUUGGAGAUCAGGUUGAUAAUUGCUAUAAAUGUGUUAUAAAGCAAGGACAGACUAUGCUCAUACCUACUGGCUGGAUUCAUGCGGUAUUAACUCCAGUAGAUUCUUUGGUUUUUGGAGGAAAUUUUAUUCACAAUCUCAACAUACCAAUGCAAAUUCAAAUUUAUGAUAUUGAGAAAAAAACAAAGACCCCUGCGAAAUUUCAAUAUCCAGGAUUUGAAACCAUACAUUGGUUUGCUGCCAAACGUCUUUUAAAAGAGCUGAAAGACUUGAAUGUUGAGAACAAGAAGUGUCCAGCUUAUCUUUUGCAAGGAAUGAAAGCAUUAUUAAGCAUACUCAAACAAUGGAAUACAGAUAAAGAUUACAAUAUGUUAAGUCGACUUCAAAUACCUAAUACCAUCAACAGUUCAAGGUUGUUAAAAGAUUUCAGUAAAGAGAUAAGACAUGCUGAAAAAUUUUUGAUGUCGUUGAAUCCACCUAAACCCGAAAGGGAAAGUAAACGUAAGAAGAAAAAGCCAGUCAAUAAAGAUUUUGUCGAUUUUAAAACUGUUGAUCGUUCAUCGGAAUCACCAAAAGCCAAAACGCCAGCUAAAGAAAAAUUAACAAAGAAACAAACUUCAGCCAAGUCUAAAGCAUCAUCAAACGCAAAUAUGUUAAAAAUAUCAUUACCGAAACCAGAUCCAAUGCCAAUAGAUAAACUCAGUCCACCAUUUCCUGAACAACCCCCACUUAUUUUACCAGGAUCACCUAUGAAAAAAACCAUAAAAACACUGAGUCCUAAAAAACCUACCCCUAAACGAUCCGGUUCUAAGAAAGGCGCGAGCGCAGGUAAUGUACAGAAUGUCUUGAAAAGUCCAAGCCCUAAAAAAUCAACUAUGAAAAAAUCACCAAGUAAAAGUAAAAAUGCAAACAAAUCUAAAAAUAUAGCAAAGAAUAAGCUCAAGCUUAUCGAGGAAGAUACCAGCAAGACUACAAAGGUGGUUCCAGUCGUUAACGAUAUGUACGGAAACUUCUCGCUGGAUCAAGGAGUGGAAACUCGUAAGGAACUAACUUGGCAACAAACGACGUCUGUUUACGAUUUCCACGACGGGAGCAACGAGAGCGAUUACGGCGGUUUUACCAUCGACGAAGCGCCAAAGAGAAAACGGGCCAAGGCAGCAGAUACUAAUCCAAAGAGAUUGAAGAAACUAGAUCCCGUAGUUGAGACCGCUACUACCGCGCCUAAAAACGGUAUCGAGGAGUUGCUCAAAGCUUCCAUUUAUACGCAAGGUACAGGGACUAAUCCAAGACUCGAACAAGUCCUUCCCUCAAAUAUAGCAAGUAGUGCCCAAUCAGCACCUGCUACAACAGGGGCUUCUCCUUCGACGAGAGACGCUAUUGCCGGAAUGUUAUCUUUCACAGCACAAUGCUACUCGACAACUUCACACACGUCACCGGUCAAGUCGGGCAGGGUAAUUAAGAAAAAAGAAAUCGAAGAAGAAGUGGUGCAGAUCGACGACGAUCUCAUUGAAAAUAUUGAUAAAGUUCAUCAAGACGACGACUUCAUAUAUCCCGCAUUGGACGUCUCGGACGAUGAUGACGAAUUCGGGUUCAAAAAUAAAGGCAAAAAAGAGGAGGAUGAAUCGUGGAAUCCCAAAGCUAGAGUGGGGCCACUCUUACCGAAGACCAACAGACCUGCGCGCGAGGGCGCGAAAAAAACCUCGGUCGAAAAGGGUCUGGAGGCAGCUGCCAAGAAAAAAUCGAAAGCAACUACAACGCCGAAGAGAAUUUACAAACGGAAAAAGAAGGAUACUGUGUCAGAUGUAAUUGACACUGUAGCAACUGAAGAAGAAGUUGUUCCCGGUCCGUCGCUUCCAGAUGACACGAAUGAAACAUCUUCUUUACUUCCAACUGAACCAACUGUUUCCGGAUUCAACCCCCUAAGUCCCUCGAUGAAUCCUUUCUCGAACUACAAGUCGGUCUUGACGAGCCCAAACAGAUUAAAAGAGGUAAAAGCAAAACUCGCUGCACCGAUCCCUUCUGAACGGAAACCGAAAAAAGGUAUGAAAACCGUAAAACAGCGUUUAGGAAAAAUUCUUAAACUUCACAAAAUGUGGCAUUAACCUAAUGUUGCGUUUUGUCAAUGAAAUACCCAGUAAAUCUGAAAUUGCAAAGAUACAUAGUGUAUCAUAUUAAUGUAAAUAUUAUUCUAAAUUUAUACAUAAAUAGUAGAGUAAAAAUAUGAAUUUAAGCAUUUUUACGAAAAAAAUGUCAGAAUUAUCCUGCGUUGGAAGUGUUUGAAAUUGUAAAUUGAUUUUAUACGAGUAGUGUGAAACUUUGUAUCCUUUUAUUUACAAGUAACUCGCAGUACUUUUCUGACUAUCCGACAUUUUUUACGAGCAAAAUAGUUUAUUUAUUAAAUAAUAAAUAUUGUACAAAAUAUAGGCAAGAAAUCUAAUGUUAAAAAAUAAGAAUAUUUAUCAUAGUUACACCCAAAAAUAGUUGUAAAUUAUACACAUUUAUAAAAAUUUAAUUGCAAUUGGCUAAAAAAGUAUUGUUUACGUAGAUUAACAGUAGAGCACGAAAUGACUGCUAAAGUGAAGGAAAAGAUACUCUUUGUCUCUCUGUCCACGUUUUUUACGAGACACUGAACUUUCUAAUUCAAUUAUAAAAUAUUUCAUAUACAGGCAUUGACAAUACACGCUCAAUGUAGUAUAAGUUUAAUCACAAUAAUUAAAGUUUAAAUAUAAAUAUGUAAUUUGUGGCAUAUUUAUAAAACAUCAAAACAUAAAUAGCUAAAAAACGGAAACUUAACACUAACAUAUGGACGUAACUUGUGUAAACGGUUUUUAUCCGUAUUUAAUUAUCUUUGUUAUUUUAUUUUAUACAUCAACCAAUGUAAAAAAAUGAAUUUGCAUUUUGCAGAUUUUUUAUAAGUUUUAUCAGUAUUAUCAAUUUGAUUAUAUGUAGAUUCACGUUAAGAAAAUAAAAAUUAAAUUUAUAAGAUUUCAA